AUGACAUCCACCACGUUACUCUUCCUGCCUUAUGACCAAAAGAAGUCUUUCAGCCAUGACAGUGUCCAAUCUCGCCAGCAACACACUGCACUGGAAUAUCACAGAAAACGAAAAUUAUCUAAAAGCCAGUCGCGACCUUCUGUCAGCCGCAAUGCGGGUACGCCUCACACGAAUGAUUCGGCCACCACACCGCAGUCCUUGGUUUAUUCUCCUGGAACAUCGGCGUCAGAAGAUUCCGAGACUGAUGUUAGAGGGCUCUCACCUCCACGUAUCAUUGGAAAAUGGCGGUUAGACCCAUUCGACGCCCUCCGCGACAUUCACGUGCCCGAAUAUGUCCAGGAGAUGCUUGAUCACGCCAUAAGGCAUCAAUGGGUUCUCUACGGCCCUUCGCGAAAAGAGAUCCAGCGCACACAAGCUGACAUCAUGAGCGCUGCGAUGAGAAGCCCCGUCGCAUUCUACUCUAUCGUCUUUGCUGGGACUUGUCAUCGAGCAUGGCUCGCAGGCCCUAACUCUGGCUCCAACCGGAAGAGCAUCAUGUUGCGCAUGUCGUACAAGGCCGAAGCCCUGGCUAGCUUGAGGAAAGAACUUGCAGCGAACCAGGGGCCAAUAUCCGAGGACCUUUUGCUGUCAAUCAAUCUGCUUGGAGUGCAUGACAGUGGCGACCGGAUCGUAGCGCCACAAAAUCCAAUGGAACCACCUCUGCACCUACAUCGAGACAAUGAAUUCUAUUCCAGUAUGCGAUGGCAACCCAAGCACCUGGAGAUGGUGUACAAGAUGGUCCAACAACUAGGAGGUCUGGGGGCAUUGAAGACCCAGGGUCUGGCGGAAGCCCUUGAAUCUACCGCUCUCAACGACGCUCUUCUGACACUGGAAACCCCUAAAAUCGACCUCCUCAACUCCACACAGUAUUCUAUCGCACAUUGUGAAGCAAGGUGGGAUCGACAAGGCAGACAGCUCUAUGAAGUCAUGAGCCAGAGAAAGCUGGCGCUUCUUGACGGCGUUGAGGGCAGAGAGGUCAUGCACGACAUUCUCGACAAUAUGCGCAAACUCGUCGUCACCUACGAAUGUUUCCGCAGAGACAACACAAACGGCCCAGAUCUGUUGCAUAUAAUUGCAGCACGGCGCUCUAUCCAGCACAAUCUCCUCUGUCCGCCCGUUUCAAGUGACUGCCGCUACCUGGUGUGCCGCUAUGCCAUACUGAUAUUUCUGGUCGAAACGGUCUACCCCAAACCACGACACGUGGGCAUUCAUCGAAAGCUCGCCGAGAAACUCAUGCUUGCCCUUGAUGAAAGUUCAAUCUUGGGCUACUGGGACCAACAGCCCGAAGCCUUCGCAUGGGCAGGUAUCCUGGGCGGCGCUGCGGCUUCCGAUACUCCCUUGUAUUCCUGGGCCCGCCGGAUCAAGUGCGACGAAGGCAAGCCGUCGUGUGCGCGGUGUUUGUCGUCAGGCCGGAAAUGCGGCGGCUACCACCAGCACAACCACACGCUGCCAGAGCUCGGGACGUCCUGGGAGCGACACUCAUGGCAGCACUCGUGGACGCCAUUGGUGAUGGCAACAGCAGCGGAACAUGCACCGCUUACGAAAGAGGUUCACCAUUACCUGACAUAUCCCCGCCUGCUGGUCUUUGACAGCAAGGUCGAGGGACAGUCGUUUGAUUUUUUCCGGUCGUACUCGGUCCCGGAGCUGACGGCCUUGUUCCGGGUCGACGAGGAGUUCUGGCACCUCUCGGUGCUUCAGCUGUCGAUGACCCAGCCCGCGGUGCGCUACGCCGUGACCGGGCUCGGGGCGCUGCACCAAAAGUUUUCGAACGGGCGCGACACGGCGAUCCCAGACGACAGCACGGAUUCCCAGAUCCAGUUCGCGCUGCGACAGUGCAACCGCGCCAUCCACGCGCUCUCGGACACUUCUACCUCUCAGGAACCGGUGCACAAGGUGGCGACUCUAAUAACAUGCAUCCUGUUCACGUGCUACGCCACGCUGCAGGGCCACCAAACGCAGAGCAUCAUGCACUUCCGGAACGGCAUGAAGUUGUUUUGUAAUCUAGAGCGGACGAGGGAGACAGCGACCGCUUCGAAGACGCACUAUGACGAGCUGUACAACGCUUUUGUCUUGGCCUUGACUACGCUCGAGAUCCAGGCUCGGUCGCUGAUGUGCGACGAGAACCUACCCGCGUUCAUCACGCAGUCGAAUGCGAGAUUGGCACCUUGGCCGUUGCGCUCGGAUAGCAAGUUGAGCUUCAAGACUCUGGCCGAUGCCCGGUGCUACUUUGACUUGUUACUCAGCGACCUUCAGUGCUUCCUCGUCGAAUGUGACGGUCGGGACGAAUGGACUCGAGCAGGACAUGGGAAAAUCGCCUUUGAGUCGUUACAGGAUGAACAGCGCACACGUUACGACGAUCGCGAUCGAAAAACAAUACUGGUCAUCCAACUUCACAACUGCAUCAUGGACAUGUACCUGUCGAUCUUUCGACUGUCUUCGGUCCAUGGAGACCUGGUAUGGGACCUCUACGAGACGAGUUUUAGGACAGUGGUCGACAUUAGUCGCCAACUGUUGGAUUGCGACGGCGAAGAUCAGCAUCAUCUUUCCACAAUGUUGUGGACGCCCGGAAAAAGUACACGUUCGCGGCAAAGUGGUGCAACAAAAACAUCAACAACAACAAAACACGGCGCUAAAAGGGAGGUCGAACAAAUCCCUGACGCCGCCUCGAUCGUGGGGGGAAGUGUCAACCAGGCCCGACCGGUCUUUACCUUCAGUCAAGGGGUGGCAGGUCCGCUUUACACUGUCGCGUCGAAAUGUCGCGACCCCAGACUGCGUCGAGAGGCCGUGGUUCUCCUCCUCCGACACCCGCGACGAGAGGGGCUGUGGGACACGUUUGCGGCGGGGAGGGUAAGCUGGGAGAUUAUGAAUUUAGAAGAAGAGCUCGCACGAGAAUUCCACAGAGAGACAGACCCUCGAUUCGACGGGGUCAAGGUUGCCGCCGAUGUUCCCGUCUCCUGUAGGGUUAGGGAGGUCGAGUUUCUGAUGGCUGGUCCACGCACGGCCACGUUGAGGUUCAAGACCGGCGCAGAGAGCGAGCGAGGGGAGCAGGGAAAACACCUAAAGAAGAUGUCGUGGUGA